AUGGUGCUGUUGGCAGCGGCGGUGUGCACCAAGGCCGGUAAGGCCAUUGUCUCUCGUCAGUUUGUGGAAAUGACCCGGACUCGUAUCGAAGGCCUCCUGGCGGCUUUCCCCAAACUCAUGAACACAGGGAAGCAGCACACGUUUGUGGAGACAGACAGUGUGCGCUAUGUGUACCAGCCGCUGGAGAAGCUCUACAUGGUGCUCAUCACAACCAAAAACAGCAACAUUCUGGAGGACCUGGAGACGCUCAGACUCUUCUCUCGUGUGAUCCCAGAGUACUGUCGAGUGCUGGAGGAAGCAGAAAUAUCGGAGCACUGUUUUGACCUGAUCUUUGCCUUUGACGAAAUUGUGGCUCUUGGAUACAGAGAAAAUGUAAACCUGGCACAGAUCCGCACUUUCACAGAGAUGGACUCUCACGAAGAGAAAGUUUUCCGUGCUGUCAGAGAGACUCAAGAACGGGAGGCAAAGGCAGAGAUGAGGAGAAAGGCCAAAGAGUUGCAGCAGGCCAGACGAGAUGCCGAGCGCUCGGGGAAGAAGGCCCCAGGUUUUGGUGGUUUUGGCAGCGGUGGAAUGACCAGCGUCUCUUCAGGGUCCAUCAUCACAGACACAAUUGUCGAACCAGAGAAGCCCAAAAUCACACCUGCUCCUGCCAGACCAAGUGGACCAAGCAAAGCUCUUAAACUGGGUGCUAAAGGGAAAGAAGUUGACAACUUUGUGGACAAACUCAAAUCUGAGGGUGAAACCAUCAUGCCCUCUUCAGGAAAGAGAGGCUCAGACGCGUCCAAAGUCCUGCCCCCACCAAUCAAUGUAGAGAGUGUACAUCUGCGAGUGGAGGAGAAGAUCUCUUUGACUUGUGGUCGUGACGGAGGCCUUCAGAACAUGGAGGUCCUGGGAAUGGUCACACUUAGAGUCACAGAUGAGAAGAAUGGACGCAUUCGCCUAAUUAUCAACAACAACGACGGAAAAGGACUGCAGCUGCAAACACAUCCUAAUGUGGACAAGAAGCUGUUCACUGCUGAGUCAGUGAUUGCGCUGAAAAACCCUGAGAAGUCUUUUCCACUUAGCAAUGACGUGGGAGUUCUUAAGUGGAGGCUACAGACCACAGACGAGGCUCUCAUACCUUUAACCAUAAACUGCUGGCCUUCAGAGAGCGGCACUGGCUGCGACGUCAACAUUGAGUAUGAGCUACAAGAAGACAGCCUGGAGCUAAACGAUGUGGUCAUCAGCAUCCCUGUACCGUCGGGUGUGGGGGCCCCAGUCAUCGGGGACCUGGACGGAGAGUACAAACACGACAGCCGGCGAAACAUGCUGGAAUGGUGCCUCCCGGUGAUCGACGUCAACAACAAGAGCGGCAGCCUGGAGUUCAGCAUCGCAGGGCAGCCCAACGACUUCUUCCCCAUCAACGUGUCCUUUGUGUCCAAGCGUAACUACUGCGACAUCCAGGUCAACAAAGUGGCCCAAGUAGACGACGACAGCCCCGUCAGAUUCUCGUCCGAAACCUCCUUCGUGGUCGACAAAUACGAAAUCCUGUAA